GUGCCCUAAGUACUCUUUGGUUUUGGUGCACUGUGGAUCAUGCUGGUACGGCGGACAUUUGCAGAAAAAUGCGGACUGAGAUAUACCGUUCAUUGCAAUGUCAUUGAAACACAUCCUUAUAAUUCACAGUUUAUGCAAUCUCUUAUAUUGGCUAUCAAAUCUACACAGGCUAUAAUUAAAGUAUAUUUUUUGUUAAACCUGUAUUUGAGCGACAUAGUUGCUUAGUCAAAAGAAAGCCCGUGUUCUAUUGUUCUUCACUAUCUUGCAAUGUUUUUUGUGUGUGUUAUACCUCAUCAGCAGAAUAUUGGAUAUUCAUAUACGAUGCUUAUAUCUCUUUCUUUUGGAAAAACAACCAAUGUAGUACUAUUAGGGGACAUUAUUUCUACUCAUAAUUGUUACAUUAUAUUCCAGGUAGCAGCGAGAGGAGAGGGAAGAAGAUUAUGGUAAUAGGUAUGACAUCAGCAGCUGCAACAUUUCUCUUUGCAUGUCUUUAUGUGCUGAUAUGGCAUAGAAAGGGGAAAAGACUAUGGUUUCUCCUUUGCAAGAAGACUAGCAGCACCACUGAAAAGAAUUAUGAGGCCAUGAUAGUGUCGUAUGGAUCCCUAGCUCCAACAAGAUACACGUACUCAGAGGUAAUGAAGAUAACAUCUUCUCGCAACAAUCAGCUUGGGAAAGGUGGUUAUGGUGUGGUUUUCAAAGGAAGACUACAUGAUGGUCCUCUGGUGGCUGUGAAAUUCUUGCAUGACUGCAAAGGAAAUGGGGACGAGUUUGUGAAUGAGGUCAUGAGCAUUGGCAGGACCUCUCAUGUUAAUGUUGUUAGCUUAUUUGGGUUUUGUUUGGAGGGAUCAAAACGAGCUCUUAUAUACGAGUACAUGCCCAACGGUUCCUUGGAUCAGUACAUUUAUUCAGAGCACCCCAAAGAAAUUUUAGGAUGGGAGAGGCUUUAUGCGAUAGCAAUCGGGAUUGCGCGUGGCCUCGAAUACUUGCACCAUAGCUGUAAUACACGUAUCGUCCAUUUCGAUAUCAAGCCCCAAAAUAUCCUUCUAGACAAAGAUUUUAGCCCAAAGAUUGCUGAUUUUGGUCUAGCUAAGUUGUGUCAUACAAAGGAGAGCAAUCUUUCAAUGACUGGAGCUAGAGGAACAAUUGGAUUCAUCGCCCCAGAAGUUCACUCUCGAACCUUCGGGGUGGUUUCAACAAAGUCAGAUGUUUAUAGUUAUGGAAUGAUGCUGCUGGAGAUGGUUGGAGGUAGGAGAAACGUAAAAUCAAUUGUUGCAAAAUCCAGCGAAAAGUAUUUUCCAGAUUGGAUUUACGAUCACUUUGCACAAGAUGAUGGACUACAAGCAUGUGAAGUGACAAGAGAAAUUGAGGAGAUUGCGAGAAAGAUGACAUUCAUUGGCUUGUGGUGCAUACAAGUGUUACCUAUGUAUCGCCCUACUAUAACCAAAGUUCUAGAAAUGUUUGAGAGAAGCUUAGAUGAUCUGGACAUGCCGCCGAAGCAGAACUUCUGUGAACUACUUGAAAGUUCAGCUCACAAUAUGGAUGUACAAAGUUCAAGUUCUACCAGAUCUGAGGAGAUCAGCCUUGCGAAUUCAAAAAUCCUACAACAAUCGCCAACUCUUUGAGCAGAUAGGCCUUGUGAAUCAAGACUGUGAGAAGGUGGCCUGUACUAGAGUACAUUCAGAAAUUGAACAAGCGCAGCGAAAUUCGGCAUUGUAGUAGACCAUAUUCCAUGUAUGCAUGACCUAGAGUCAAGAGCAUCCAUAUACCAGCGUCCUCAGUUACCGACCACAGAAGGAAUACAAUUUAUUGUGAUGAGUUUUGUGUUCCAACUGCUAAAAGGCAUCAGAGGUAGACAGCCACCAAGGCCUUCUUGGCUGUAACUACAGCCCCUAAAAUUUCAUAAUCCGGAUGCAUACAAUGUAUAUCCAUCUAAGCAUUGUAACAUUAUAUGCCAAUUCAUAGCAAACAGAUUAAUCGUAAAAGCAGAGCGCGUAUACAUACUUGGGAGCU